AAGAUGUCAGCUAGCAGCAGCCUGCUGUAUUACCUGCAGUAUCUAAUCUGCAGGACUAGGGGGUGUCUACCAAAACCUCACAUGAUACCCAAGUAGCAGACCGUAGCCAGCCAAAGCUUAGCCCUCUCCCCACCCAUGCCAACAGCCAGGCACGGCAUGUCUGCAGCCAGGUCACCCUUUGCAGCCACAACUGCAGGAUCUGGAGGCAUCCUCCGUCUGGCCCGCUGGAAGGCUGACUGAGCUCUGUUACCCGCUUGAGUUGCGGGGGGAGGGGGGGCUGGAGAGAAGAGACAUUGCAGCAUUGACCAAUCUACAAGACCAGGGUGGGCUCCUCGGCUGCGGCAGUGCGGCGAAUGCCACGGAAACAACUUCUGCGCUCAUUCCAAGCAAAAUGAGGCACCAGAAGAAGUGAUCGCAAGACCAUUCCCAUCCCAUGUCCUGGAGAAGAGCGUCUGGGUACUGCUAUGCCAGAGAAUUAACCCUAUGUGGCUUGGUUUCCAGUUCGCAGCAUGGGGGAACGCUGACCUACAGCCCAUCAGUCAUGAUGGUCCAGGAGCAUCCUUCAGACAGUCCAACCGUUUUUCGGACAUAGCCAUGAACAGCUGCAGAUACAACGGGGGGAUCCCAAGACCCCUCAGCAGCCUGAGCUCCUCUAGGAGGAACCUCCACGAGACAGAUCCAGAAACCCAGCCCUUGCAGACACUACACAGCCCAGGAAUAGAAGUCGUAGUAAGCAAAAACGACCCCAUCAAAGCAUCUCACCGCAGCCUACGGGGAGGGGACGACAGUAGCCUUGGAGGUCAUAAGGGCCAAAAGAAGAACCAAAACGUGGGCUACAGGCUGGGUCACCGUAGAGCACUAUUUGAGAAGAGGAAAAGGCUCAGUGACUACGCUCUUAUAUUUGGGAUGUUUGGUAUAGUGGUCAUGGUCACUGAAACAGAGCUGUCCUGGGGGGUCUACACAAAGGAAUCCUCAUACUCAUUUGCACUGAAAUGCCUUAUUAGCCUCUCAACUGCUAUCCUACUUGGACUCAUCAUCAUGUACCACGCACGAGAGAUCCAGCUUUUCAUGGUGGACAAUGGAGCAGAUGAUUGGAGAAUAGCCAUGACCUAUGAAAGGAUAUUUUUCAUCACCUUAGAGUUGACUGUGUGUGCCAUUCAUCCCAUCCCUGGACAGUACUCCUUUACAUGGACAGCCCGUCUGGCCUUCUACUAUACAACUUCAGUAGCCAAUGCUGACAUAGACAUCAUCUUAUCUAUUCCCAUGUUCUUGAGGCUAUAUUUAAUUGGACGAGUAAUGCUCCUUCAUAGCAAGCUUUUCACUGAUGCCUCUUCAAGGAGCAUUGGUGCACUCAAUAAGAUCAAUUUCAAUACUCGCUUUGUAAUGAAGACUCUUAUGACCAUCUGUCCAGGCACAGUUCUUCUGGUUUUUAGUAUCUCAUCCUGGAUCAUUGCAGCAUGGACAGUUCGAGUAUGUGAGAGGUACCAUGACAAACAGGAGGUCACCAGUAACUUCCUGGGUGCCAUGUGGCUCAUUUCAAUAACGUUCCUAUCAAUUGGCUAUGGAGACAUGGUACCCAACACUUACUGUGGAAAGGGAGUGUGUCUGCUGACAGGCAUUAUGGGUGCAGGCUGCACAGCUCUGGUUGUUGCUGUUGUUGCAAGAAAGUUGGAGCUCACCAAAGCUGAGAAACACGUACACAACUUUAUGAUGGACACACAGCUUUCAAAGCGGGUGAAAAAUGCAGCUGCCAACGUGCUCAGGGAAACGUGGCUCAUUUAUAAACACACAAAACUUGUGAGAAAAAUCGACCAUGCUAAAGUACGCAAACAUCAACGCAAGUUCCUGCAAGCAAUUCACCUGUUACGCAGUGUGAAAAUGGAGCAGAGGAAGCUCAAUGACCAAGCCAACACUCUGGUGGAUUUAGCAAAGACCCAGAAUGUUAUGUACGACCUAAUGUCUGACCUACAAGAACGGAAUGAUGACCUUGAGAAGAGAAUAAUAACCCUGGAGACUAAAAUUGACUCCUUAAAUGGCUCGCUCCAUGCUCUUCCAGGGCUGAUUGCUCAGGCUCUGCUCCGAGAGCAGGGAGAACUCUUCCUCAUGCGUUCCCACAGACCAUUUCCCCCUUCUAACAGCUCGGACAAUUCAUGGACCCCCCCACGAAGACGAACCUCACCUUCCACUGCCCCGCACACCUCUUCAGACAGCGGCUGAGGAAGGAAAAGGGGGAUGGAGUUUCGGUGGGAGUAGUGGAGUGAAGACUAAACAAACUCACCUUUUAUCCAUAGCCACUAUGUGGUUUGAUUAUGUCAGCUUUUUUUCUUAAAAGCCUUGGAUAUUUGUUAACCCCUGAGGGUUUUUUGAAAAUGCUGGAGUGAAAGUUCUAUCAAAAACUAAAAACUAUAUAUAAAAAUGUUUGUGUAAACACGCACACGAGAGUACGCGCAGUGGCGCGAUUAUCCCUCUCUCUGUCACAGGCUGACCCUGUACAGUGAUGGGGUAUAGUCCAGUCUAGAUAAGUUUCUAAAUCAGUCUGUUAAACCCUUCCCAAAUUCUAUUUAUUUUCUUUAAAAGAGCUUUUAAGGCUGACUGUCAUGGGUUCAGAUCCCCAUCUCUGCUCCAUGCCUAGCAGCUUCCUGUUUUUAAAAAGCAAUGAGCAGUCAGCCAUAUUUUUUUAACAACCCCGCCAAAGGAGAAACAUUAUGUACAUAUAUAUAAAAAUAAAGGUAGAUAAAAUAAAUAUAUAUUUUAAAGAGCCACAUAUGAAUGGGGUGGGACUGCAUGUAACCUGGUAAUUGUCAGAGGGAUUUCAAACAUUCAUCUGACACAAAGAGGUUUGUAAGUGGUUGGUCUUCAAUACGUGUGUGUGUUUACAUAUAUAAAUAUGUAUAUAUAAAUAUAUCCAUAUAUAUUUAUAUAUAUAGAGGUAUAGAAAAGAAAAACACUGUAUUUUUUUAAUUAUUCGUUGCUGUAGUGGCAUAUUAUGCAAUAUUCCAGUGUUACUGCCCCAGUGGGUGGCAAGCAGUUUUGUAGAAGAGCUUAGGUGGAUGGUGUAUGAGAUUGGUAUCUGGUUCUUUAAAAAACAUGCAACAUUAAUAUAACAAGCAACAUUAUAUAUAUAUAUAUAUAUAUAUAUAUAUAUAUAUAUAUAUAUAUAUAUGUAUUAAGCCCAGUAAAAAGUUCCAAUAUAAAAAUCUGCAGCAACAAUUCGUAUUGUUUUACAGUUCAGUGACUUCUGGUUCUCUGCUUGUAGCUGCUUCUGAGGCAGUGCAUUGGAGCAGGACCUGCCCACUCAGCUAAUCACUGGCGGCAGCAUUGUCUUGUCUGGGCCAGUGAUUGGUUGAGUAGGCAGGUCCUGCUUCAGUGUGUUGUCUUGGAGACAGCUAGAAGAGUUAAGCACCAGGGGACUGGAAGUCACUGAAUCAGAAGCUGCGGGCGACUGAGAUAGGAAAGGAUUGUUUACCUUUUAUUUUUAGUAGCCCCCCAACAACAUAUGAAACAUUUUUUAAUCCUGGAAAAAAACCUUUAACCCACAUUCUGCAUGGGGAAUGUAGCAAUCUCAUUAUGGGCAUUUGUACAGCCCAUCUGCUCAUUCAAUUCAGAAACUACAGGUCGCUAUAUGGAAUUUGAGUUCUACAUGGCUCCCUUGUACUAAUUCCCAAGUGGCUUCUAGAUGAAGAGAGCAAGUCUCUGCUCAUGGAAAUAUAUUAGAAAAUUAAGAAUUCCCUUAAAUUUACACUUUAUGAAACAUACUGAACAUGGUAAUAUUAGUUUUAAUGUAAGACAAUAUGGUUUGUAGUAUUUGGAACCAGAUCUAAUCUUGGCCAGACACUAAGCCCAUGUACAUCCUACUAUUACACCCAUAGGGCAGUGUAGGGCUUUAUGAUGUCCCCUUCGGAGGUUUUUAGUCUUCCUUAGGACACUGUUGAUUUUUGCAAUGGUUUUGUUCCAUCUUAGGCCAUUUCAAUAUAGGUGAUGACUACAUUCAAAAGUAAAAAUGUAGUUUUGGAUUGAGUUCACCAAUAAUAAUAAUAAAACAAAACAUCUACUAAUCCUUAGUCAACAUUAUCUAAACUUUUCUAAACUUCCUUUAUCUAGAAUCCAACCAGUAGAGCACUGUGAUCUCCUAAGUAAAUUAACACAAGUUAUGAUGAAUCUAAUUCCAUAGACCUCACUUUUUAUUGCAUUUUUUUCUCAUCAUUGUGAACUUGAUUAAAAGCAACAUCUUUAGUUUUGGGUCAUCCUUCUCGUUAAAAUAUGUAAUGUGCUGAUAGAUUUUUGGAAUAGAAAAGAAAAAAAAGUAUUAAAUUUGAGGCUAUAUUUACAACCUGUAAAAAAAAGGCUGUAAAAAAUGGGAUAUAAUUAACUACAUUACAUAAUUAAAUAUUGUGUUAUGUAAAGUCUAAGGAAAAGUGGUCAUCAGUGCACAUAUGGCUUUAAAAAUGGGCAUAAUUCCAAAGUUGUAAUUCUGGUUUAAAAAAAAACCAAUGUGGGCACUAAUGGUCGCUUUUACAUACCCUUUAACACAGAAUUAGGUUAAAGCUGCUUUUUAUCUCUAUUUUACAGGCAUUUUUUUUUUUACAUUGUAUGAAAACCAGCUACGUUCUCACACAGUUUUUGGGCAUAAUUUUGAAACCUAAAAUAUAAAAAGAAAAAAAAAAGUAUGUUUUAUGCCUCUAAAUAUGGCUGUUUUUUUUUCAAGUUGAACUGCAUUGAAUUCAAUGGGAAAACACCUGUCAGUUCACAUAUAGUUUAACUUAAAGGGAAUGUGUCGCCUGUUUUUUUUAAUAGAAAGAUAUUGAAACAGAUAUUGUUCUUUUUUCUAAUCUGUUCCUUUUUCUGAUUGUAAUUUUGUUUAUUAAAUUUUGUACAUUUUUAUAGAGGCAGCCAUCUUGCCUGAGCUGUUUUUAACAGCAUUUAGUGAUAUGCUUUAUAACAGGACCCAUGGACAUAGGAAACAAUAGACAGGACCUGUCCCAUUCACAUGAAUUGGAGACAUUUUCAGAAGUCAUUCUACAGGGAGGCCAGAGGCUGAUUGAUGGUGGAUCCAGUGUUAACUCUUUACUGGUGUCAUCUUUCACUCUGCUCUUGAGAAGAAGGGCAUUACUGGGAAAUAUUUUGUACAGUACAGGAAGUGUCUGCUUAAAUUUAGACUAAGUGGGCAGAAAUGAAACUGCAAAAUUUCCAGAUUAUUAAAAAAUAUAGAUCGCAAAAUGGAAAAUUAUAUAAAAAAAAAACAAAAAAAACAUUGUUUAAAAAUAUGUUAAAAAUGAAAACUUGCCUUAAACAAUAGGUGAUUUUCUAAUGACACAUUCCCUUUAAUGGCUAUAAUUAAAAUGUCUAUAAAAUUAAGUGCAAGGAAGCCCUUUUGGGCCAUGCUGUUUUUUGAGCAUUUUUUGUCUGUAAACGAAAAAAAGAUUUAAAAAAUGGUUAAAAAACCUUCUAAGAAAUAAGGCCUAAAGCAAAACAUGGUUGAAACUUUGCCUGUGAAAUUAGCCAUUUUCUUAAAGUAUACCUGUCAAUUAAAAGAAUUUUAUGAGAAUAAUGAGAAUGAGCAGGCAGAGAAGAGCCAGGCCCCAUGAAACCAGGAUAGACUUACAUUAUGGGGCGACAUAUCACAACAUUUUAAACAUUUUUUUUUUAUUACAGUGCCCACUUAAGGCUCAAAAUGAGUCUCAAAAUACAGUGUGUGCACAUAGCCUAAGGGUGUAUCCACCUAUGCAAUCUUUAUUUCUUGCUCUAAUGCAUCUUAAAUGGAAAUAAAGCAAUUUUGUAAAUCAUCUUGGUGAGAAAUAUCUUGUCAUGUGUCUACAGCUUUUGUACAGAUCUAAUGUCAACCCCAUAGACACAGAAUGAUAGAAUAUUUUUCAUAAAGACAAUUUGAAAAGUUGCUUCAGUUGCAUUGACGUUAGGUGUAUUACCACAAUGGGGGGAAAAAUAAAUUGCAAAAUUGUACAUAUCCUUUAGCAGAUAUACCCAUAUACAGUAGAUGUGAGAGACAACAGAUGAUAAAAUAGCCAAAGGUUCAGGUGAGUGCAUUAUAAAGUUCAUUCAAAUGGCGUUAUUCGAAAUGAUGAAAGAUAUUAACGUGAUAAAAGAACAGAGAUAGAAAUCUGUUGGAAACUAAAGAGACACAAUAAAACAUAUCACAAAUGGAAAAAAACAUAGUAUAGUAGAGGCAACUGUAGCUAGAAUUAAUUUAUUUUUCUUCUUAAUGCAUUUAGCCUGACAAUUGGGAAUUGGAACAUUCAGCAUGAUGCCUUCGAUUAGACCUAGAUACACUUGACUACAUAAACAAUUAAAACAUGACAAUAAAUGUGUACAAAUGAAAGGAUUUUUGCUGAUUUACUUCAGCAUUGUAUGAAACUAUAUAUUUCAUCCAUAAAAACAACAUUACACCGAUUGGAAAUGCUACUAUUAUAACUAUUCCAUUCUUUUAAUUGAUAAAAAUAAAGCAAGCAAACUGGGUAAGCAUGUACAGUAUAUUAAAAAAAUUUCAAUAGGGGGCACUGACUGUCUACUACAAUCUAAUAUAUUUCUAACUUCACUCCAAAGAGAUCUUCACUGUGCAAGAUUACCCACCUCUUGAGACUAAAUUAUAUUCAGCGUUAAAGAGAGUAACAUUACCCCCUGCAUUUUAGAGAGGGCUUAUAACUUUAGGUACCCAGCUCUUGCUAGUAAUCUCUAAUUUCUAUUUUCUUUAUUCAUGUUAAUUGAGGAAAAUGGAUACUUAGAAUCUUUAGCCAGUUAUUUAUUUUUAAUUUUUAUUUUUUUUAGAAAAUAUCAGAAUGCCACAGAUCUAGACAAAGAAAUAAAUUAUAUUG